ACCAAAAAGACCUAUCGGUUUGUGAUCGUGCUGAUAGCUUGUAUCGUGUAUAUCGGUUUUAUUUUUCCAAUAUUCAUUCGUAAAUUUCGGUUGGACUUGCGAUCUGUAGACAAGGAUAAAAAUCGUCGGGUCGUCGUACAUCACGGCUUUCGUGCAAAAUGAAGCCAUCGUCUCGUCCUAGCGAACUUUCAUCCGUACAACUGAAGAACAACUACCGGUUUGAAAAUUAAGAACAACUCUCGGCCGUACAUCAACUAACUAUACUCGUCUGUAGUACUCCAUGUGGUCUAAAGCAAAGCCUAAUGUAUUCUUCGUGUUAAAUUUUGAUUUUCUUUUUCGCAAUCCAAAUUCCUCAAGGGCCACGCGCUACUUCACCCCUGACUGAGAAGAUUGUGGCUCUAAGUAUUGCACCACGCUCUAUAAUUUCUUUACUCAUUUGCAUUUUUAAUUUGUUUCUGACCUCCACACAUUUGUAACUUAUUGUUGUUUUUUGUUCAUCCCUAAUAUCCUAUUUUCAAACUAUUGUGCAUAUGUUGAAUUCGCCGACUACUAUUACUUGUUUUUCAGUCAAAAAAAGUUGAUGGAUUGCGGAGCGGGGGGCGGCGGAGCCCCGACGGGGGGAGUGGAUAAUAUCAUCGAAGGGGACAACACCUCGACUGCCGCCUUCACCACCGACACCAAUUCCGAGGGGGACAGGGUAUAAUGCGUUUAAUUUCUGGUUUUUCAUCGAUUCUCGUCCGAUGCUCCGUACUCUGGAAUUAUAGGAUCUAGUUUUUUUGCUAUGCUGCUCCCUCGUCAGGAGGUCCCCUUCGCAUUCUGUCCAGUUCUGUCCCGGACGUAUUUUUUUGAUGUUCCGCUGCAAGACUUAUGCUUUCAAAGGUGAAGAGUUGUGAAACUAACAAAGCAACUAAUAUACUGCUCUACCAUCACAGCGGCCGCCGAAGUCUUUUUCCAAGUCCCGCAAGACGUCUUCAACAACCCAUGGCACCAGUGCAGCCGGCAGUUCGAGCCGCAGCACGCACGGCGGGCACCGCGGAAGCAGCAGCAGUUCCAGCAGCAGCUCGGCGGCGGGAACGGAGGACGAGUUCGAAAUACUAACGUACGGUGCGGUCACCUACGUCAAGGACCCGAAGGACAACCGGAGCACGAAAGAGUUGAAGGAGGUAAUCGCGAACAACCUCGCGUGCAACGAGCCGUUGGUUUCGGACAACGAGAAGUCGGCACGCGGUGGGUCGAAGGACAGAAAUGGAAACAAGGUCGAGGCGGAAGAUGGUACUUCUAUAAAGAUUUGUGAAUUAUUGGGUGCUUGAUGCGAUAUCUGGAACUGGAAGUGAAUUGGAGGUCAGAAAAUAGAGCUUUAGUUAGAGCUUUACUUCUUUUAGCAUGGGUUCGAGCAAGAGAAAUUGUUCGUACUGAAGCGUACUACACAACACUAGAAUUAUCGCAUCACAACUUUCAUCAUUCCUCAGGCCCCUCCCUUCUCGACACGGCUGCGGAGUACAUUUCUGGCAUGGUCUCCUCCUCCCCGGCCAAGAAGAAGAGCCGCGCGCUACGAAUCAACGACGGACGUUCGAACAGCCGAGAUCAUGUUGGAAACAAUAACGACACAACCACCGCUGGUUCGCACAUCGUGGACAUGCUGGGCAUUAGCGGCACAACUAAUAACGCCGCGGGGACCUCCCAUAACGACAACAACGACGCUUCUUUUCUGUCCACCUCUUCGUUGUCAAAUACCAGCCACAAAUCCGCGAGUUCGCCGGAGCAAGAGAACCCGAAAUCUUUGGUAAUCGACGAAACAAAACUCCUCGGCGUGCAGGCCCCGGACGGAUCCUCUUUUCUCGCGUAUUUUGGCGGCUACCGGAAGGAGUUCGACCGGAUCAGCAGCCGCAUUUUGAAGAAGCGCGAGAACAUCGAGCGGCGGCGACUGAACCCCAGCACGUUUUUCGGCAUGGAGCACCAGACCGACGGGGUAUCAAAUGUAAAAAUGUCUGGGUCUGGAAGGUUGGAGCUUGUGAUGCUAACUUUGGACGCUAAAAAAAUCUGUAUUGCAUGACCAGCAAAAGGAGUCUAGUUUGUGCCAUGCGCGGAGGGCAUUUGUCAUGCGGAAUACGCACCAGAAAGCCAAAAAAGAAAAUCUGUGAUGCUACGCCAUGCAUUACAGGCAUCAUGUGUCAUGCAAAUAUGCAUGACAAACCUCGCGCCUUAUUUUUAAAAAAAUCUACUUUAGCUUUUACUUGGGCUGUGGGAACGAGACCAAGGAGACGAACAAGACCAACAUUUAUUUUUCCACCCUGGUGCCACCUUUAGUAUCAUUAUGGCCUUUCCUUGUCAUGAUCUGUUCCGGCUUCCGGUGUUUGUCAUGCAUUUUCCGCCCAGGCCCACCCUGGUGCUGUUGUUCGGACUGUCCCCACGUCCGGUUUCGUUGGCCUUUUGCAUGCUAGUCCUAGGGUAUUGUCUUCACCCGCACACUCUCGUGUUCAGGACACCUUUACUGAUACUACUGGUGCUACCACCUUUUAGGGUGAUUUUUUCGACGUAGGUGGGACUGUGUCUUAGUUGCUGUUUUUCAUCGUUUUUUUACUUUUCUUUUAAUCCCUCGGUGCUAGGAAAAGUUUUUGCACAGGGCAAUUUCUAUCCAGAUAUCCACACAGCUGUCGUCGCGGCCGUCCCAGAUGCUGUUGUGCUUGUCUUUCGAUAGAAAUCGCGUUGUCCAAUAAUUUCUUCUAGAGUUUACCGGGUAUGAGGCUACCGUUUGUCGAAUUAAUUUACGAGGGGACGCCCAGCCCUUAGCCUUCCAACAUGACAAACCUCGCACUCUUCCAGACCCAGACAUUUUUGCAUUUGAUACAGGGUUUUGAUUGACCAAAUGUCCGACUUGGAAGUCUUGUACUCGCGGCACCAGGUUUUGUUCCUGUGUUUAUUGUUCCUAGACUUCUUCGUGAUGACGCAAUACCUCUGGAUCAGCUACCACACCGGCAUGGAAUUGUGGGGCCUGAAGGGGAACAAGAAAGGUACUACAGUGCAACUACUAGCUUAGUGCAGCGGACUGCUUGUGUAGAAUAUUUCUGGGACGACCACUUCUGGAACGAUUUAUUUUCGGUGAUGUAGUACUGCUUUUCAGGCUAAAUCCUCGCAGCCAACGAGGACCUGUGGAUGAACGUGGUUGCACAGAAGAAACAUGUUAGUUCAGGACCGAAAAAAACUAAAAUCUAACAAUCACCCCACAUCACGACACAGGUAUGCACGACAUUUACUGGAUCCUUUUUCUGAUCCAAUGCGGGUUUUGCCUCUUCUACUACGGGUUCGGGCUCCGGGCGUGCAUGGGCCGGCCGAUCGAGAAGCACGAGUACAUGGGACGAUUUUGCGUCGCGUCCAUUGUCGGCUUGGUGUUGAUGAUCUUCGCGGAAUACGUGCGGAAGUUCAACCUGUUCAUCUUUUUCAUGCGGCUGGUGAUGCACUUGUACAGCAAGUUUCUGAUCACCCUGAACCAGCACUUUUUCCUGUCCAAUUCCGGGUCGGACGUGUACCAAUUACUCGCUACCCAAGCGGCGGAGGAGGACGAGUCCGCAGGGGAGGAGGACGACUACGCGGAGACCAGGCAAGCCUUGCUGGAAAUCCACCGUCGGGAGGCCGCGGAGCAGGCGGCGUGAGACGGAGGAUAGAAAUUGCAAUUGGUGCUUUCAUUUUCCGCUCCUCGAAACCGAAAAAUCAAAAAUCUAUCACAAUGACUGGGACAAAGAUACGUACGAGCUAUAAGUUUGCAACUAUUUACAACUCUCCAGGAUGCUGGUGGUGCGUGGUGCAACGAGUCCUAUUCGAGCAGCCGGUUUUUUUAUUUUUGAAACGCGGCAUUGUACUUACUACGCCGGUCGUGCACAACGUGAAUUAAAUACGUGAAUGUACAAAAUGUCACUUGAUGCUGAAGCAGCACUACACAACAUGUACAACUACUCAAGACCACACAGCAUGAUUUUUGCCUAACGCAUGAAAAUUAUAACCCUUGUAAUAGAUUGUAGUUGUUUUUGAUUGUACACACACAACAUGUAAAAUGCGACGGAACCUCCACACGGAGAUGUAAAUGCAGCUUGUAUACGAUACGCCAAUAUCAAGUAGUAUUGAUUUCAAACUAUGCACAGAGCACUGCAUUUUUGUACUUUGUCCUAUCACAUCAAUCUGUACACCUCUACUAAUACCUCCAGUUUGUGUUUGACAGUGUGCGGUGUCGACUCACUUUCUUACACUUACAUUUUCCUUCAUACAUCGAGAUCAUUUCCUAUACCAGCGUUUUAGUAUUUUCUUCUUGUUACACUCAAGUUACUCAUUUGAAAAGGGUGAAAGGCUGUUUAGUUCCGCCAUAACAAGUUUUUUCAUCCGGUGCGGUUUGAAGAUAUUUUUCCACUGCAAGAAAUUGGUUGUUACGUGGUCCAUUGGAUACUUAAACUCAAAGGGAGGUCGAGAGGUUGGAUACUGUUUUUUUUUCUUUCCCGCCUCGAGACCUCUGAACAGCACGACAUGGUGGACCGGGCAACAGGAUCGCCUCUAAAUUCUUCUUGUACCAAUAUGUGUAACUUCUACUUCACCUAGCGAAAAAAUAAAUACAAGUUCAAGUAAGAACAUGGGUGGUGAGGAUUUGCUUUCCAUCGCAUACUCUUUAGGUUUUUUUCGGGACGACCAUUUUGGG